CCACCGUGGCAGCAAGGAGAAACCGAAGAAGAUCAUGCGCGACCUCUUCAAAUUCAGGGAACAUGACAAGGACACCAACCACCACCACCACAGCCACGAGAAACCCCACACCAACGAGAGAGCCGAUGCGAGUAGCGAGAAGGGUGGUACAGCGAAGGCAAAUAGUCGCCACGCCAACUGUGCGGAGACGGGUAGCAUCAAGGACCCGGAACACCCAACAGACGACCACACAGACAACCCAGACCGUGCCUUACAUCCAAGCCCAGACGCAGACACGCAUAUGCAUAUACACACACAUACACUUACACACGCGCACACAUACACACAAGCACAAGCACACGACAGGGAGACAGACCCGCUUGCCGACAUCUCCGACAGCAACACCACCACUAGCUUAUCCAAAGGAGGUCCCGCACGCGCCCGUUAUGCACAGGCAGGCGAAUGUGUGCAGUGUGAUGCGGAGUGUGAGAGCGAUGCGUUGCUUAGCAACGGCGAAGACGAUGACGACGGCGACGACUACUCCGAAGAUUCGCUGCUGGGCGAGGCUUUUGUGUCGAUAGAGUACAUGUACCUGGACAUUGGAGAGGCACAGAAGUAUAAGAGCUAUCCUCAAUGGGUGGGCAAGACCUUACGAAGUAAUGCGAAUGGCGCGAAGAAGCCGGCGUCAGAUCUCAAACCACAACACGCCGCACACUCAGCCUCAGCCGAUGGUACCACGACCACUACGCAUGGCACAUCAGGGCUGGACGAGGCCGAUGCAGACGAUGAUUUAGACUUCCUGGAAGACUCAGACCUACUGGCCCUUCUCGACAGUGCGACACCCUCAAUCUCUCGGGCCGACGGUGCCACCGCCAAGCCUAUCACUACUCAGACCAGUAGUAAACGCAAGUCCGACGACACACAGAAAGAGAAUAUUUGUCCGGUGAGAGCCAAAACACCGCGUCAGUCACCGGAGCGAAGCCGUACGCAGCGCAACACCCCCCACGGCGCGCCGUACCAAAGCGAUGGACGUCAGGCACACACAGAACAGACCCAUUCAAACAGGCAGAUAACUCGCAGCUAUGUAGGACACAGUCACAGUCAAAGCAAUGAAUCGGUGGAUGGAUGUGUUGGAAGGGGCCGGGGAGAUGAUGGAGGCGCACUAAGAAGUGGGGAUGUAAGGACUCAGAACGUGCAUGCACCGCAUCGGCAGCAACAGUCACACCCACAACGGACACUGCCACAAUCACAAAUGAGAGAACAGGCACGGGCACGAAUACAACAACAGCCACAGACAUCCACACGGGAGCAAACGCAAACACAGCCGGCAAACGGCCCGCUACACAGCCCUCUGUCACAACAGCAACCACACCACAUACGGCGGCAGACGAAACAUUCAACGCCGCCGCAAUUACAGGCACGGCGACGAACUCAACCACAGCAACAAGCACAACAUAAUCCACAGAUGAAUGGGUCGCUAGAAAUUCUCCUGUCCCAGCCACAGACAACCGUUCGCCAAAGCACUACCACGCCGCAGGACUGUCUCGCAACCCCGAACACGCCGGCUGUGUAUAGUCAAGGCCUACAGCACUUACUGCGCACCAGGGGGAGUGACGGGGAAGGCCCCGGACACACACUACACAACUCACAGUCCAACGUAUCUCUUGCAGGGCAGCGCUCGGGAAAGCCCUCACAACAGCGAACACACUCCAGUCCACACACCCAGCAGAACGGGAUAGGCACGCGCCAGAAUACCUCAAGGCAGCUGUGUGUGUACCCACAGGAGCCGACGCGCGCUGAGGGUGGUUGCUUGGAUACGCUCGUGCGGAAAGGUGCCGAGAUACCCUAUAGUUCUCAUAGUAGCCGACCACCGGCAUCGUUCAGGGCUCGAGGGACUCAUGGCGCUGCAAAUAUAGAAACGGGCUGUGUGUCAGGGUCACGCCACCAGAAAUAUCUGCAACCUACCGGAAACAUCACAGCCGAGUUAGUCACAGAAUCGACCAGGACUGAAACGAAUACACACAAUCUCAUAUCGGCGCCUAGAUCUGAGAACAGGGUCACAAAUGCCCCAAAUUCUGGCACGAGGCCAAGCUCCGGUCCUAUCACAUCAGGUGGGAGUGGCGCAAAGUAUUAUAAUCUACUCUUAGAUGGUCCACGUUCAUCAUCGACAACACGCACCGAUGUCCGAGAAGAUGAGCCCG